AUGUCCCAACAGCAGUACUACGCACCUCAAGGUCAAGGUUACGGACCUCCUCCCCAAGGUUACCCCCAGCAGUAUGGUCCUCCUCAGGGAUACUACCCGCCGCCAGGUCCACCGCAAGGUCCACCGAUGUCAUUUGCUCCCCAACCGCCACCCACUCAGAAAAAGAGCCGCGGCUGCCUUGGUGCUUGGUGA